GCUACUCGAGGACCAACAAAAGAUUUUGAUAGAUAUGAUAACACAAUUUCUCUAUCGGCAGGGGGCACCACAACAUCGCUAUACACCACGACACAGUGACGUUUGAUUGUACAGCUGUGAUGUGAGUGCUGGAACAGGAAAUGAAUGCAGACAGUGGAGGCAGGCAAGCUGAAACUGGCACAAAGCUGUAGCGUGUAUACACACCCACCCACAUUCAAGCAUACACACAUACGGAUGUACACCGAUCCUGAAUGACAACUGUCAGAGCUGGAACUUUAAGCUAUAGGUGGGACAACAAAGUGCUGUGGGACGAAGACCGAACCUUUCAUUACAUCGGGAGACUUAAUCAGAAGAAAGGAAAUUUAAAAAGAAAACCAGGAGGGGAAACCUACAAAUGUAACUUGAACAAAAAGAGAAAGAGAGAGAGAAAGGAUGGCACUCCAAUUCCUCCAAAGCAGGAGGGCCUUUGCCGAGCCUUGAUUCCUGCUUGUCAGGUGACCCUCUUCCCUGAAGGAGUGCGAGGGAUAAAUGCAUAUGAUGGAUAAGAUGACAACUUUACACAGUCUUGGCCUGGUACUGGUGGAGUUUCAAUAUGAAUACGAGGGCCGGGAUGGCCAGAUGGUGUCCAUUAAGCCCAACGAACGCUAUAUUCUCCUGGCCAAAACCAACGAUCACUGGUGGCAUGUGUGCAAAGAUGAACACGCCAAGCCAUUUUAUAUCCCUGCCAACUACGUGAAAGAGCUUCCACCUAGCAUACCAUCACCUCUGGACUUUAGAGAGCCUCAGAAUUCUGAUCUGAAGCCUGCUGUGCAUGACCUGGCAGAGACUCGCAAAACAGAUGAGAUGGCAAUUAAACUACGCCCUAAGACGAAUUAUCACAAGACAGAAAAUCGCAUGUCGACGUUUGGCGUUCCUCUGGAUUUACAUGAGCCACCUUCUUACAAGUCUGGUGGACCAUCAGACUCUCUAAUCUCCCUUCAUCCUGUCUCGGACACAUCACAGCAAAAGAAGCGGAUGAGUCUAGCAGCCAAUCUACUGUUUGGCUCUCGUAAUGCUCUAUCUGAAACUGCGUCUGAUAAGAUCAGAGUACCAAGCUUCAGCCCAGCAGACCCUCUUCUUAGACCGACCCCUGCAAAACCUGUGGAGCUUCCUGUCAUCAAGAAUCUGAAUGACAUCAGGUCACCGGAGCCAGAGUCCCCAAUAGAGCCCGAAAGUGAAAGUUCUAGUUCAGAACAAUUGCCGUCUCCAGACUCUGAGAAUAUUUAUGAAUCCAUAUCGGACCUGAAUCUGGAUGAGCUGACACUGACAGACAAAACACCUACUGGAUUGACAGAUCCACAGACCAACACAUCAUCCCCAGCCCCAGUAAUACAGGUGGAGAAUGAAGACCCCAGCACAGCGGUAUACGCUAACGUCACUGACCUGAAGAAGAUCGGCCCUCGCUCUCCAAUCUCAUCUGUCUCCACCUGUUCCUCACCCGGCCUUGCUCUAAGCCCCGCCCCAGACUCCGUCACCUUGCCCAACUCUGACGAAUGGCAGGUCCAUAGUGACCACAGCGGGAAGGAGUUCUUUUACCACCCCCCCACGGGACAGAGCAGUUGGUCUGAUCCCCGUAGCCUCCAUCCAGGAUCUGAAAUGGAGUCUUUAACCUCUCCCUUGCCCACAAUGUCCAGUACAUCUGAUUGGGAAAAACUUUUGGACGAGGCCUCUGGGAGACAUUACUACUAUAACCACGCUUUAAAGCAAAGCUCUUGGACUGCGCCCGAACAGUUGUCUUCUCCACCUGCCACAGAUGGGGCACAAGUGCCGCCACCUCUGCCAGAGGAGGACUACCCUACAAAUGAAUCCCAAAAUCCUCCUCAUCUCCCUAAGGAUCUACAGAUACUCCCAAUGAAACGCGCCAUUAUCCCAAGGGCUAAUACAGACACCCAGAAAGACUUCCCUGUGGGCUGGACCCGCUCUGAUGCUGAUGGGAAAUCCGUUUUUACAAAUGAACAAACACAUGAACAGUGGAUCCAGUCAAAGGAUGACAAAGGGAAGUUAUUUUACCACUCAAAAGAUGGGACUAAACGUCAGUGGACUCUUCCAGAGGCCUCCAUGCCGCCGCAGAUGAUUGGAAAUGGGGUGGACCAAGAUGCCCAACCCCUUGUAAACAACUGGAGAUACACAAUGGCCCAGUUUAACGUGUCUCUGGAAGACUUGCAUAAACAUUCCCCGUCGCACAGGAGGAUCGCCUCUGACUGUGCCAGUGAAGGAUCCAGCUCAGGGAAUUCACCAGAAUCACAGCAUCACGACAAAAGACGGCGGAGGAACCUGUCCAAUCACAGUGCAGAUUUACAUUCUCAUCAUCACACAUCCUUAGAAAAGGCUGGAAUUCUCAACAAGACCAAAGUUGCCGAGAACGGAAAAAGGCUGAGGAAGAACUGGGCACAGUCGUGGACUGUUCUUCAUGAUGGGAUACUCACCUUCCAUAAGGACCCUAAAUUUACACCUGCUGGGAUGGCUACUAAGAGCACCCAGAUCGUCCCCGAGUUCACAGUGGAACUGAGAGGAGCGACUCUGUUAUGGGCAAGUAAAGAAAAGUCGAGCAAGAAGAACGUUUUAGAGCUAAAAACACGGCAAGGCACAGAGUAUCUGAUACAGUAUGACACAGACAGCAUUAUAUAUGACUGGCACAAGAUCAUUCUUGACACCAUCAAACAGCUGGACCAAUCUCAUCAUUCAGAGGAAGAGGUGGAGGACAUCCCAGAAAAACCUGUGUUUUCUGUGGAUAGAGAGAAAAAGACUGAGCCAACAAGGCUGAGUACUUCAGGUAACAUGGACACAGAACAGGGACGCGUGCGUAACAAACUACGCAAGUUUCUCCAGAGGCGGCCGACAUUGCAGUCAGUUAAAGAAAAGGGCUACAUUAAAGACAAUGUAUUCGGCUGCCACAUAGACACCCUAUGUCACCGGGAAAACACAAAUGUGCCCAAGUUUUUGGAAAAAUGCAUCCGAACUGUGGAGAAAAGAGGUCUGAAGAUAGAUGGAGUCUACAGAGUGAGUGGGAACCUGGCCGUCAUCCAGAAGCUUCGAUAUAAAGCUGAUCAUGAAGAGGAUUUAGAUCUGGAAGACGGGCAGUGGGAGGAAAUCCACGUGAUCACAGGAGCUUUGAAGCUUUUCCUGCGUGAACUUCCUGAGCCUCUUUUCCCCUUUACCUUUUUUGAAAGAUUUAUCGCUGCAAUACAAAUGAGUGAAUACAGCCAGAGAGUGUCAUAUACACGAGAUUUAGUGAGAAACCUGCCUUUGCCCAACCAUGACACCAUGGAGGUUCUCUUCAGACAUCUCCGCAAGGUGAUUGAUCAUACCGAGUGGAACCGCAUGUCUCUCCAAAGCAUGGCUAUUGUGUUUGGUCCAACAUUGCUACGACCGCAGGAGGAGUCCAACAUCACCAUGCACAUGGUCUUCCAAAACCAGAUUGUGGAACUCAUUCUCAAAGAGUUCAAUGAAUUCUUCCCAACCCAGUGAAACUCAACCUGAAUUUCACCUAGAAACUGUUAAACCUACCAGCUUAAUCUUAAGACGUACUUAUUAUUAUUACUCAAGAAGCGAGUAAGAUUACUGACUAUUUUCUGUUUACUGAACAGAAAUGUACUUUUUUACAGUCACGUAAACUUGAGGACACGUGUUGGCCAGUAGGCUAAUAAACCUGACACAGUUGAGUUCCCCAUUUAUGUCAAAUCCAAAUCAUCAGCGUUCUCUUAUGUUUUGGAUCAUGUGGUCCUGGUCCCACAUCAUCACUGGAUUAUACUUGGGUGCAAUACAAACUAAUGAAAGCAAGACUCAUAAAACCCAGCUGUGGACUACACAAUCUCUGUGUUGGAAAUCUUAAUUUUCUUUUCAGUGAUUUGUUAUUGAACCUCAGAACUGCUUUGUUCCUGAAUGUUACUCUGAUCUGUGUUUUUGGUACUGCCGAAAUCAGGAGAACAAAAAGGGAUCUUAAAGGGAUCAUCAGUGUAAAAAAUUCACCUCUGCUGAUGUUAGCUGACAAUCUGUUUGAGACAGUGAUAUGACGCAGCAUUACAUUUUUGUAAAAAGGUUAAAAAAAAUCAAUCGACAGCAUACUUCAUAUAGCCCUCGGUUAUCUAGGUUAAAUGAAAUCUUUUGCCGUCUGGACAUAAAAAGGUUUUAAUGAUGCAACCUGGAGUUUAAGUGCUUAUGUGGAUAAAGAAAGCAUCAUUAAUUUAUGAUCAAAGAGGGACUGCUGUAACAAAAUUGUUUUAUUAAACAAAUUUUAUGACUAACACAAACACGUUUUUCUUUAACCUUUAACAGCAAACAUUGUUAUAAGAUGCUGAAUUGUACAAUAAAGACAAAAAAAUUUUAAACCUAAUGCAUUAGCUUAAAAUGUUAGCAGUGCAUCGAGUGUUAAAUACAAACUUUGUAGAUGUAGACGAAAUCUGUACAUAUUUUACAUAUGUUAAAUUGGCAAUUUCAUGUUACAGAGAUAAAUAUUCUGUAAAUAAAGCGGAUUCACAUAUAUUUGUAAUUUUAUGCAAAUAUGUGUGUAGUUUUUAAACUGGUAAUUGCUUUAGGAGACAGAACAAGGUAAUGUAAAUAGAAAAUGUAUUUUUAGUAAUAUAGCAGUGGUAAUAUGCAAACAUAAUUUAUGCAUAUUCUGAUGCAUAAAUAAAUCGGAUAAAACUUAAGCACAUUCAUUAAAUAAUUCAAGAUAUUAUCACAGAUAGAGCUAAACAACAAUAAAAAUGUUUUUA